AAAAAAAAAAGUUAUAGUGGAGGCUUUCAUCUUCUCCAACCUUUCUGGUUCACAAGUAACCAAUGGAUACCCUAUCGAGUCCCGUCUCCUCCUUCACAGUCCCCACCGCUUCCAGAAGAAAAUCCCUCGACGUCUUUCGCCAUUUCCACCUCCUCCCACCCCGACGAAAUUCCUUAUCCAAUUUCAGGUCCACCACCGCCACAAAUUCGGAAUUCUCCACCACCGCCGUCCCCUCCAAUCGGAUCCCGCCACCCAAGCCACAUCCCCCGCCCCGGGAAGCGUCUCUCCACCGGAGAGCCGCGAGCGGGUACGCGGCGGCGCUGGUGGACAUAGCGAAGCGCAACAACUCCCUCGACGCGGUGCGGAGGGAUGUGAGGCGGGUGUGGAAGUGGACGAGGAACGAGCACCUCCGGGCCGCCCUGACGGACCCUCUGCUAGAAAACAAGGAAAAAGGAGAAAUCCUCAAAGAGAUUGCGGAAAAGGGAAAUAUCCACAAGCUAUUGGGAGCUGUGUUGAAGAUUCUGGCCGGGAAAAACAGAGCGGAAUUGUUGAGCGAAGUAUUGAUGGAGUUUGAGAGGAUAUACGAUGAACUCUGCGGGACUGCUCGAGUGGUGUUGCUUUCGGCGGCGGAGAACAAAGAGACGGCGGCGUUGGAGGUUGCGAAGACGGUGCAUCAGAUUAGCGGCGCUUGGAAGGUCAAGGUUAGCCGCUGCAGUUUGGGUGUCGCUACUUAAAUAAUUAUAUUAAUCACACGUUAUUAUUUAUUAAUUACAAUACAAUGCUCCUUAAUCCUUAUCUUGUCGUAGCCCUUACCAUUCUUGUCUUCUUCUUUGUUUAAUUUCCAAACAUGAAUAAUCUGGUCUGAAGGUUGCUUGUGUGUC